ACUGGCACAUACCAUAUACCGUAGUACAACAUGUCAACGCAUUCCAAGCCGCAUGCAUGUACCAUUUUGUUUGUGAGAUAUCAAUUUCUUUUUUUGAUAUUCAUCGGAUCAAACGACUUCAUUUAAUUUAGCCAUGAACAAAAGUAGAAAGCUUUUGUUGUGCUUACUGGUCACAAUCUGUGUUUCGUUGUGGUGGUUCAAAUCCUCUUCUUUGAUAAUUAGAAACCCUUUUGACGAAGGGAAAAAGGCUCUCACUUUUGGUAAAGAUUACAACAAUGGAACAGUUGCAAGAGAAAAUACAGGAAAAGAGGCUCUGAUUUUCAACAAUGAGGAUGCUCCACAUUACAUCAAUGAGGCAGUUGCAACAGAAAAUCGGAAGAAGGUGGCGAAAAUAAUGCAACCGUGGCAGACCAUCCAAAUAUAUCGUCCUAAUGUGGACCCAAUGGACAUGCAUUGGUCUAGAAACAUUAAGCAAUUGCGGGGAUCGAAUCAAACUGACUGGAUAGAGCGUCGGGUAAAAUCUUGCGCCGUAGUUGGAAAUUCUGGUAUUCUUCUGGGCAGCAAUUGCGGUCACACCAUAGACAACAUGGACCUCAUCAUCAGGAUGAACCUGGCAGAAUUUGGUCAUGAAUAUUCAUCAGAUGUAGGUUCAAAGGUGUCUUUCACGACCAUCAACAGGGAACAACUGCGUCUUGUGCUUGCCUGCUUUUUGAACAUGGCCAAGGCUGGCAAAGAAGAAGUGCCCCUGGGUAAUGCGACGACACCAGUCCUUUCUACUGAAUGCUACACUUUCAUCAAGAAAUUCAGACUGCUCAACGAUGACGUGAUGUGGCUCUUUAAAGGUCGCCUUCCAGGUCUACAGGAGGUCCUGUCCCUUCUAAGAAAGAGAUUUGGCCUAGGGUUCAAGUUUGCGUACAGCCCCGUGGACCCCAUCGGCCCUUCAGUAAAGUUAUGGAAAUUCAAGGCUCCAACUUCAGGCCUGGCUAUGUACACUGCCGCUACUCAGUUAUGUGAUGAAAUAACUCUAUUUGGAUUCUACCCGUUCUACACGGAUAGUUAUAAUAGAACCAUACUUCAUCACUACUACGAACCGGAGUUAAAAGAAAUCGUAGUUCAUCACCAAAUGCCUCUAGAAUAUAAAACCCUUCUUGAAUUUAAAAAGAAGGGGGCGCUUCGUCUCCUGAAUAACUGUACUUUGAGUGGAAAGGAAAAACAUGCAGAGUCCUAG